UGUCGUUUGUCACGUCCGUUACGCACAUAGAAAUAAAACAUAUUUUGUAAUGGUCACUUAAUUGAUAUAUUAUUAUUCAAUUAUGGUUGGGAGGUGAUGGGGUACGGCACUAGGUACAGUUUAGACAGUGAAUUUGACAGGAGAAAUGCUGGAAAUACGUGAGGAUAGUUUGUUAAUUGAGACAGGCGAAUCACAAUUGCGUAAUUUAUUCAGUCGGUGCAGCAAGUAACGGAUUUUGUGAUUUUGACUAGCAGUUGACGGACAGGUCUCUCUUAUCAAGCUGUGCUGUACCUCGAAAGGUCGCCGAGCUGUUCAUUUUUUCAAUUCGUAUGUGAUGUGUUAAGAAAUACAACUUUCGACUGAAAAAUCGGACAAUUAAUUGUCUUGUCCCUUAAUCAAUAUGUGUGAUUCGCUUGACCGCCAUUCCAAAGAUGGAACUUUGGGAAAUACCUGGAAAAAAAGAUUUCGUAACAAGUGGCCAACUAUGACGACACUCAUGCAUCAGUCGGAGAUUACAAUCCGACCGUAUCUGGAGCACGAGUACGCCGACCCGCACGAGAUAAUGGCUUACCAAAACUGCCGAAUUCCGGACUGGGACGGGUCAAGUGAAACAUCUUGGUCCGCUGCCAAAUCAUUGGAACAAGAUAUGCAUGACGAGGACACAUUGCCAAAAAUAAAUCAAAUUUCUCACGUUGUUAAGAAACGAAGAUGCGACAAAGUGUGUAGACAUGUUUUAUGUGGUUUCCUUAUAUUAAGCAUAGUGAUGGCAGUGGCUGCAGCUAUAGGACUUUCUUUCUUCUUGAAUUUACAUCAAAAUGAUGGUUUUGCUACACAAGAUGAUGAGCAUCAUCAUGGUAAAUAUUUCAUUACUUAAUUCGUCAAUAUAUUUC